GUCUCGCGGCUUCGGCAUGGCUGCCUGGGGGACUGUGCUUUCCAUAGGUGUCCGGAGGCUGCACUGCGGCGCGUCGGCCCGGGCGGGCAGCCAGUGGCGGCUCAAGCAGGGGCUGGCUGCCAGUCCUUCCGGCUACGGACCCCUCACGGAGCUCCCUGACUGGUCCUUCGCCGAUGGCCGCCCUGCUCCUCCAAUGAAAGGCCAGCUUCGAAGAAAAGCCCAAAGAGAGGAAUUUGCAAGACGAGUUGUGUUGCUGUCACAGGAAAUGGAUGCUGGGUUACAGGCAUGGAACAUCAGGCAGCAAGAGAAGUUGCAGGAAGAGGAAAGGAAGCAGAAGCAAGCUCUUAAACCCAAAGGGGCUUCACUGCAGAGCCCACUUCGCAAAUCAAUUAAAAACAACUCUUGACACCUUC